GACGAAAAAAGUCAGAUAACGAUAGUACAACUGGUACUAAUGAAACAGAAGCAAAUACCGUGGAGAUAUUUCAACCACCACCGAUAUUUACUGACGAUAAUUCAGGAUAUCCAUUCAAUACUUAUCAACGAUAUGAUAUGAAAAUCGAUUUUAAACCCGAUGGCACGAUAGUAUUGACCGCUUUCCGAUCGUAUUUUACUAUCGAUGCUCUCCGGGGUCUCAAUGAAUAUGACAUUCCGGAAGGAACAAAACCGGAAAAAUUAAAAUUUAAAAUUAUUGAAAUUCAUUGCAACAACAACAAAGACUUCUAUGGGAAAUUUCGUAAAAAAUACUUUGAUCAUCGUUCAUCUGUUGGUCAAAAGGAAAUUAUUGAUUAUGUAGACUCUCUAAUUUUUGAAUAUAAUAUUGAAUGUCUGUAUAAAGUAGAAAACAUUAAAGAAUUUCGAAUGAUGGGUUCAGAACCCGAAGGUUACACAGGUCCAACAGAAUGGUAUACAGUAUGUAAUUACAAAUUAAUCAUUCGAAUUCCUGCUUUAGAUGAAGAUGAUGAAUAA